UAUUUAUUUUUCUUGUCCUAGUAUAAAUAUUUAGGGAAUAGUAUAUAAACAAACAUGAAAAUUUUCCUUGUUUGUGGUGCCCUCGUGCUCCACCUUGCGGUUGCAUUUGGUGGUGAAUGUUACAUUGGUUCUUCUAUUGACGGAGUUGGUGACAUGCAAGUAGAGUACUGUGGCUUUCCAAAGGAAUCAUGUAUGACCAAAAUCGAAGUGAACAGAGGACAAACCAAAAUAGUGAGACGCUGCAUUCAAACCAAAGCGUGCGGCUCACAUACCACCAGCAACGACCAGCAAUGUUAUACAGACAUAUACACCAAUCAGGUCAGGGUUUGUUACUUUUGCUGUGGCGAGGACUUGUGCAAUAACUUCGUUGAUCCGCCUAUGACAACUGUUGCGCCAGUAACCACAACUUCAGCCCCAGCAACCGCAACCUUAGAACCAGACACUACAACUCCAGCACCAGAAACUACAACCCCAGAACCAGACACUACAACUCCAACACCAGAAACUACAACUCCAGCACCAGAAACUACAACACCAGUACCAGAAACUACAACUCCAGUACCAGAAACUACAACGCCAGCACCUGUAACCACAACGCCAGCCCCAGAAACUACAACUUCAGUACCAGAAACUACAACCCCUGUACCAGAAACUACAACCCCUGUACCAGAAACUACAACGCCAGCACCAGAAACCACAACACCAGUACCAGAAACUACAACACCAGCACCAGAAACCACAACACCAGUACCAGAAACUACAACUCCAGUACCAGAAACUACAACCCCUGUACCAGAAACUACAACGCCUGUACUAGGAACUACAACUCCAGUACCAGAAACUACAACUCCAGUACCAGAAACUACAACACCAAUAACAACACCCCCUGUACCAGAAACACCACCACCACCACCCCAAACUUCAAAACCCCCACCCCCUCCAUCCGAAGCAACUACAACACCCCCGCAGCCUAACCCCACAGCAUCGACGUUUUUUGAACGCACCCCUCCCCCACCUUAAACGUGCGAACCUUGAAUCGGUAGUAGUACAAAAUAAAAUUGAAACAAGAACAAA